AUUGAAGAACUGUGUGUUGAGUUAUUUUGGGUAUACUUUGCGUCCUGACACACAUAUGACACAUAUCCGUUCUUCCUAAUAGUACUGUCGGUUUGAAUUUUGUUUAUAAUCGCUAAAAUAAGGCGACAUUAUCUGGAAAUGCGUUACUCGCUUUACAAAGAGUAUGCUAGUUGAGAAAAGACUCAAGGAAAAGUUGAGAAAAAGAUUACUAGUUGAGAAAAAGAUUAGUUUUCAAGUGAAAUAAAUAAGAUAACUAGCAUUUCAACUUCUGAAAAAGAAAAAAGGAAGGUAAUGGAAUUGGAAUUUUGGAAACAUUGCAGCAAUUCACAUGAAAAGUAACAGAUUGUAAUUUGUUGCGGCGAUUCAAUUGAAGUAAGGCUGCAGCCUUUUUUAGGCCCAGGCGUGCAUUCCAAUUUCAGCGUCACCGAAUUUUGUGCAUUGAAGGCAGAGUUUGCUCUGAUGCUGAUGGACUACUGCUUGGAACCUUUACUUUGUGUCAUUAAAUCAUACCAUUUAAUUCAUUUCCUGUUCAAGCUAUAAAUUACAGUUCAAAUUUAGAAAUAGAAGGAAGUCUGAUAUAUUAAUGUCAGUUCUGGAUUUGCGUAAUAAAAUUGAUUAACAUUUUUUGACGAAUUUCCAGCUGAGGACCGCUUUUGAUUGUCAAAUUUUUUCUAAGCGAAUUUGAAACAAUGGCUGAUGAAUCGCAAACAUCAGGUGGAACUGCUGGUAAUAAUAAUGCUACAUCUGGACCAGCACCAGCUUCAUCUUCCGAAUAUAUCAAAUUGAGGGUUGUGGGACAGGACUCGAACGAGGUACAUUUUCGUGUGAAAUUUGGCACAAGUAUGGGAAAGUUGAAAAAAUCAUAUGCAGAUCGGAUGGGUGUUGAUGUUGGUUCACUGCGUUUUUUAUUUGAUGGACGGCGAAUCAAUGAUGAAGAUACUCCUAAGACUUUGGAAAUUGAGGAAGAUGAUAUAAUUGAAGUUUACCAAGAGCAAGUUGGCGGUUACGUUCUCCAAUAAAAAAAUUUCGUAACCUGUUGAGGUGGCCAUUUGUUCUUUGUUCGUUUGUUUAUCAUUUUUCGCAUUUCAUAUGGGAAGUGACGAAGUAGUCCGUUUCACAUUGGAAAUAUUGGAAGAGACCUUUUCCAAAAAAAAAAAAGCGAAGCCUUCCAAGAAUUCCUUUCGUAUCAAAAUUUGGCUUGCGAAAUUGAUGAAGCUUUUAUAUUUUGCUUUGUUACUGUCUGGGUAUUUAUUUCAUUUUUAUAGUAAAAAUGUUCGUUCAUUCGAAUUUGUUUUAUCUGUUUGUUGCACUAAUUUUUGGUCCCCUCUUGUGUUUAUGGUGACAUAAAUUUUGUACAUGCUCAAGUUUGGGUGUGUAGGCUGCCAUAAUCAAAUCCAGGUAACAGUUUAAGUGAUUGCAUAAAGUUUGAUUAAAUUUCCCUUAAUAGUAUUAUUAAAUUGUUUUCCCUUGUAAAAUAAAACAUUUUGCAAGAGAAAACAUUUAAUUUUUCACCUUCUUAAAGCUUUUUAAUUUGCUUCAAUAUGCUUCUUCAGUGGUUUUACGCAGGUCGCUCAUAAUUCUGCAUAAAUCAGUUUGAACUGGUCUGUAAUUCUCAAGCUUCUUUGAAAUGUGCACAACAUCUGCAACUUCACAGGCAUUAUAGCAGAAUUCCUUUGUCUGUGUUCUUCCUUCCAUAUUCUGUCAAAAGUUAAUUCAAGGGUUGCUAGUACCACACGAAUCAGCUAUUUCAUAACUGUCGCAUUAUUCAGUGUUUCUGUUAGGUUUAGCAUUAAAGCCUUUUAUAACUCGGAUGUUAAGUUCCUUGGCUGGACCGGAACAUAUCUCAAUGAUGUGAGAUGUUAUUGUCUCCACGCUUUUAUUAUUAAUAUCGAAAAACUCUGAAAAGGUGACUGUUUGAUUUGAAGUGAAUAAAUCGUGUGAAAGAAACAAUUUCUUCAAUUUGCCUCUGCAGUAGACAAUUACC